AUGUCUAAACUAUCUGCACCACUAAAGGCGCUUAUCAAUGCACCCUUUGCGCGCCCUGGUCCAAGACCUGCGCCAGCUCAAGUCCAAGAAUUGUAUGAAGCCAUCGCAAAUGAUGCUGCUAUUAGGAACCUCGGCCCAAAGUCUUGGUUGACUGUCUCGGCCGCUGCUACCUUUACUCUUAACUCUCCCGAUUCUCUUCCCGUCCUCCAUCGCGUCGCUACCUCCAAAGAUCCCAAUUCCGCCGUCCAGAAUGCCGAGUUCAUCCGAGAGGUUGGUCUUAAGUGUAUCAGCUUCAACGGCAUUCCUCGAACCAUCAACUCCCUCAACGCAUUCCACGCAUCGCUUCCCGAAGACGUGACAUCCAAGCUUAGCACAAAGCCCAGUCGACAACCGACGUCGCAAAAUAUUGACCAAACGUUGGCGCGCGGUCGAGGACUGUGGGAUUCUAUCUACAGACCAUACGAAGACAAGCUAUUCGAGAAGCUCGCCCUUGCGCACCCCGAUCUACCCGUAUAUAUCCUUAGCAGCCAUUACUCUGCUCUCCUCUCCGAUCCUGCCGCUUCCGAUCGCGAUACACUGGCCAGUCUCGGCCGAAUCCAUACCUCCAUGAUUGCCAUCUCUUGUCUACGCGCGCAAACUGGCGUCGGACCUCAAGUACUGUCGCAUGUAUUUGGUCUGCGCAAGGCGCUUGAGGACGGGACAUAUAAGAAUGAUCAGAACGGCGAGACGGAGGAGAGUGUGCAAUACUUGGCUAGUGACGAGGGUGGUCACUGGAUCUUGAAUACAGUGGACAAGAUUGUCCAAGCGAUCGGCGGGAGCAGCUUUGCGCCAGGCAAUGAGUCUAAGCUGUGA